AGGUGAUGCUGGCGAAACUAAACAGCAAAGAUCACGUCUUCGCCAUCAAGGUGCUGAAGAAGGACAUCAUCCUGCAGGACGACGACGUCGAGUGCACCAUGACGGAGAAGCGUGUGCUGUCGCUGGCCCGCUGUCACCCGUACCUCACGCAGCUUUACUGCUGUUUCCAAACACCGGAUCGUCUUUUCUUCGUGAUGGAGUUCGUGAACGGAGGCGAUCUCAUGUUCCACAUCCAGAAGUCCAGGAAGUUUGACGAGGGCAGAGCUCGUUUCUACACGGCGGAGAUCACUUCCGCCCUGAUGUUCCUGCACAGCAAAGGCAUCGUCUACAGGGAUCUAAAACUGGACAACGUCCUGCUGGACAAAGACGGUCACUGCAAGCUGGCGGACUUCGGCAUGUGCAAGGAGGGAAUAUUUGAGGGCGUCGCCACCGGGACGUUCUGUGGGACUCCGGAUUAUAUCGCCCCAGAGAUCCUGCAGGAGAUGAUGUACGGCCCGUCGGUGGACUGGUGGGCGCUCGGCGUGCUGCUGUACGAGAUGCUGUCAGGCCACGCCCCCUUCGAGGCUGAAAACGAAGACGACCUCUUUGAAUCCAUCCUCAACGAGGAAAUCGUUUACGCGUCCUGGCUCAGUAAAGAGGCGGUCAACAUCCUCAAAGCUUUCCUGACCAAAAACCCGGCGCGGCGUCUCGGCUGCGUCCCGUCAGAAGGAGGCGAGGACGCCGUCAUCAGCCACUCCUUCUUCACCGGCAUCGACUGGGAAAAAUUAAACCACAGAGAAAUAGAGCCGCCAUUCAAGCCAAGGAUUAAAACGCCUGAGGAUGUGAACAACUUUGACCCAGACUUCACCCAGGAGGAGCCGACGCUGACCCCCAUCGACGACCCCGUAAUCCCUUCCAUCAACCAGGACGAGUUUAGAAACUUUUCCUUCACUUCGCCUGACCUUCUGAACAUCUGAGAGGCUCCACUCCUGGCAUUUUAUCUCCCAGUUUUCCUCCCAGUUUCUACUGAAACCACUAGAACUUUGUCGCUGUCUCCGACUCCAACUCAUGGAGACACCGGGCGUUAGCUGAACUCCUCUGCACUCGUUUAACCCCGGAUGUCGCAUUUUUCAUCUGAUUUUUAUUGUUAUUUUCACUGUCAGAUGGAUUCACUGGCACUUUCAGCCGUUCUGUUGUAAAGGAUUUUCUUCCUAUUUCUUCAAAUGGAAAAAAUACUUUUUUAAAAAAAGAAAAUAAUAAAAAUGUUCUGCAUUCAGAAACACA